AUGACGAUCGGAGAAUACACCGCCCUGAUCUACUCUAUAUACCCAAUCCCAAUACCAGUCAUCUGGUCCAGAGGCGCAGCGGCGAGAUAUUGGAAGGUCCAUGGCGACGUUCCGAGUGUUCUACAGCUAGAGGAUUGGACUGCUCUUGAAGCCGUCAAUGACCCGGAUCGUUACCUUGGUGGUGCUCUGUCCAACAAUUUGACAACAUCAAACAUCCAUGGAAUCCUCGUUAGCAAAUGCCAAGAGGGACUGGAUUGUACCAAAAGCACCCAUUAA